CGCAACAUUCAGCACUUGCAUCACAACAUCCAAGCCAACUCGACAACAUCACAAAACCCAACAAGCAAAAGUCAACCCCACCAGUCAGCUUGCACCGGCAACCUCCAAUCCACAUUCAAAAUGAAGUACAUCACCGCCGCCCUCGCCCUGGCCGCCUCGGUCCUCGCCGCUCCCGCCGAGAAGCGCGACACCUGCCAGUUCGGCACGUACCGGUGCACGACGCCUAACACGGGCAUCGAGAUCUGCGACAUCCAGGGCAACUGGGAGCUGGUCGGGCCCUGCCCGGACGGCACGUCCUGCAACGACCUGCCGCAGAACGGGUUCGACCUGCCCUUCUGCACCGCCAACACCACCGCCACCAACACCGUCAAGGCCCGCAACGGCCGCGGCCCGAGCCCCGGCGACAAGUGCGACACGCCCGGCAAGUAUCAGUGCUUCGGCGCCUACGCGAUCCAGGUCUGCGACACGCAGAACAAGCUCGAGUUCGUCGGCAACUGCCCCGAGAAGUCGCACUGCGACUACAUCAACAACAUUCCCUACUGCGUGGCCAGCGUCUGAGCGGCGUUCUGGAUUGGGUUUGGGGGAUCUGGAUGAAUGACCUGCAUAUGACUGUUCUGGGACCGCAUGGGAUGGAAGGAGCAUAGAUUGUUUGGUUCUUUUCUUGUCACUCCUUUUGGGCAUAGCGGGUUCAUUUGUAAUCUUGGCUUUGGCGUCCACGACAGAUUAAUGACGGUCAAUAUGAGCUUGGAUUAGGUCCAACUUUUGAGUUCAAAGUACCUUCGCAUCCAUGGAUAAACUCCUUUGCGUCUCGCAUAAGUCCGGGGCAUUGAGAUGUCUUGAUGGCGUGCCCAGCCCCCCAUUAGGGCAUCAGCUUCUUAAAACGAAGCUUCGAUAACGAUCUUUUAAAUGUGCACGAUGUACACGGAGCUAGCCACGAAGGAGCGCUUUGCUUCAUUUAUCGGACUUUUUCUUCCAAUAUUUAUUUCACUAUCUUCAUGUCUUCAUGGAGAGAUUUGGCCGCAGCACCUGGCCAUGACUUGGCAUCAAGCUUGUGUCGGAGGCCCAAGAGCCACGAUGCCACG